UUCUAGAAAGACUAGGCAGGUUUGCCUUUCCAAACACAAAUACACACGUCCUUCAUUUAGUGGGUGGGCUGUCUGUCGGUCUACCUCAGUCAAAAUUGCUGAAAUCUAAGCUGUUAUGCACACCAUUGUGCUACUGGUGUUGUGGGUACUGGGGACAUCACUGGUGUUGCCAGACCCUGACACAGGGGGAGAGAAACUUACUGAGGAGCCCAUUCCCUGUUCCAAGGGCUGCACCUGUCUGCAUGACGACUACAGUCUAGAGCUCAAUGUAUACUGCAGUGCACGCAACUACACCCAGGCCCCCUCUGACGUGCCUGUCUCCACUCGCUCUCUCUGGCUGGAUGGAAACCUGUUCACCACUCUGACUGCCACUGCCUUCAAGGAUCUCAGCAACUUGGAUUUUCUGAAUCUACAGAGCGGUCAGCUGGUGUCCCUUGACUCCCAGGUGUUCCGAGGGCUUAAGUCGCUAGCUCACAUCCACCUGGAGCGCAACCGCAUCCGUUCUUUGCCGGGCACCAUCUUCCAGAACACGCCUAACCUCGCCUCGCUUAGUCUCCAUAACAACCAACUGUCCCGUAUUGAGGAAAAGCUGUUUGCUGGCCUCUCACAUAUGUGGCUUCUCAACUUGGGGUGGAACUCAUUAGCAGUGUUGCCUGAGACUGGGUUCCAUGACCUGCAUGGCCUGAGGGAGCUGGUGCUGGCUGGGAAUAAGCUAGCUUACUUACAGCCACAACUCUUCCAAGGUCUUACCGAGCUGAAGGAGUUGGACCUCACCGGAAAUUACCUGAAGGUCAUUAAGGCUAAUGUGUUUAUGAAGCUCCCCAAACUGCAAAAGCUUUACCUGGCCCAGAACCAGAUAGUCACGGUGGUACCCAGAGCCUUUGUGGGUAUGAAGUCCCUCAGAUGGCUGGAUCUCACAAACAAUAAACUAUCAGCGCUCCAUGAUGAGACUUUCCUUGGUCUGCACAGCCUCCAUGUGCUGCGGCUCUCCAACAACUCCAUCAGUGGACUUAGGCCCAGGACUUUCCGUGACUUGCAGUACCUUGAGGAACUGCGUCUGAGCUACAACCGGAUCCAGGCCUUGGAGGACAGGAUCUUUGAGGGGCUUGGGCACCUGGAGGUUCUGGAGCUGGAGCACAACCAGGUGCAGGAGGCCCGGAUGGGCACCUUCAUGGGCCUCUCUCACCUGGCUGUCAUUAACCUGUCUGGCAGCUGUUUCCGCAGUCUUCCAGACCAAGUGUUCAAAGGUCUCUCCAAGCUCCACAGUCUUCACCUGGAUAAGGGCUGUUUAACCAGGGUCACGACCCAAGCUUUCAUUGGACUAUCAGGUCUGCGACGUCUCUUCCUCCAAAACAACAACAUCUCUGUGGUGGAGCGCCAGAGCUUCGUGGAACUCUUGGGCUUACAACAGCUAGAUCUGAGGUUCAACAAGCUUGAGGCCCUAACCUCCCACACCUUCUACGGCCUGAAGAACCUGGACUAUCUGCUGCUGUCAGGCAACCUGUUCCGUCAGCUCCCCCCUGAGGCCCUCAUGCCCUUGAAGCAUCUCUCGUGGCUGGACCUCUCAGCUAACAGGCUGGAGAUCCUGCACAAUGGUACCAUGCAGCUGCUGCCCAGGUUACGCUAUCUAAACCUGAAAGAUAAUGCUCUUAGCAGCAUUCCACCAGAUAUCCCAGAAACUCUACACCAACUGUGGCUGACAGGGAACCGUUGGAAGUGUGACUGCAGUGUCCUUCCCCUCAGAGAAUACAGCUUGAGGAGACCACAGACGGUGCCCCGGCAAGUGGAAACUCUGGCUGAGGGAGAGGAACCCCACACUGUUGUCACCAUCUACAACAAUAUAACAUGCAACAGCCCUCCAGGCUUGGUUGGCCAUGACCUGAGGGAUAUCAGCAACGAACAUUUCAAUAACUGCUGAGGGAAGGAUCUAUGGGGUCAAAGACGCCAGACAUUUGGAAUACAAUCAUUUCAAAAUAAUUGUUAUUAGCCUACAAUUUUCCCUGUACAUUCAAUGAUUUAGCCUAUAUGAAUUAAUUCUCAAAAUAUGUAGGCCUAAUGUACCAAAUUAUUUUUGCUACUGUGGUAAUUAGGCCCUACAUGUUGCAAGUAUGUAGCUUUUGCAUCAUACACUUUUAGUUAGUUUCAUAUUACAUUAAAUGUUCAUUAAAUCAUUACACAAACAAAUUGCAAGUAAGCCUACUAGAAUACACAGUGUACAUUACAUUUAGCUUUUAGGAAAUGUUUCGAAGCAGUCCACUUUUAAAUGGGUGACUAUUAAACUCAUCCGUUGAAUAAACACAAGUCAUGUUUG